AAGAUGGCUGCCCAGCGGAGGAAUUUGACACAGAGCCAUCAGAGCUGGACAGAUGACCUUCCUCUGUGUCAGGUGUGUGGGGUAGGCACAGCAACAAACUGUGUCUAUGGCCCAGACGGUAAAGGCACCCAGACUCAUACUAAUGAAGAUGGACAUUUCAGGUUCAGGGGCGAGGACGGCUGUUUCCUGUAUGGAGUUUUUAAUGGCUAUGAUGGCAACAGAGUGGCCAAUUUUGUCUCUCAGCGACUGACAGCUGAGCUGCUGCUAGGACAGCUCAACUCUGGUCACACUGACAGUGAUGUCCGCAGGAUUCUCACGCAGGCUUUCGACGUCGUGGAGAAGAGCUACUUUGAGACAAUAGAUGACGCGCUGGCUGAGAAAGCACACCUCCUUUCCAACUACCUGCCACCGCACAAUGAGGAACGUCUGAAGGAGCUGGAGCAAGAGGUGUCUGGAGGAGCCACCGCUGUGGUGGCGCUCAUCCUCAACAACAAGCUCUACAUCGCCAACGUCGGUACCAACAGGGCCCUGCUAUGCAAGUCGAGCAGCGACGGCCAGAACCAAGUGGUCCAGAUCGGACGGCCCCACACCACUGACAACGAGGACGAGCUGCAGAGACUGGCCGCCGUUGGAGUGGACCCAGCUCGCGUGAGGCAGGCAGGUCAGAUAGCGGGCCAGACCAGCACCAGGAGGAUCGGAGACUACAAAGUCAAGUUUAACUACGCAGAAAUUGACUUGCUCAGUGGGGCCAAGAGUAAGCCAAUUAUUGCAGAGCCUGAGAUCCAUGGCAGCCAGUCGUUGGAGGGUGUUACAGGCUUCCUGUUGCUGAUGUCAGAAGGACUCAUCAAUGCGCUGGAGUCUGCCCAUGGCCCUGAGCAAGCCAAUCAGGAGAUAGUGGCCAUAGUAGCAGCGGAGCUGGCCCAGCAGACCAGUCUGGAGGCUGUGGCCCAGUCAGUAGUGGAGCGUGUUAAACGGUUGCACCAUGAUGUCUAUGCCUCCGGCCGCCAGAGAGCAGCCCUGUGCUCCCACCAUGAAGACAUGACCCUGCUCAUCCGCACACUUAACUACACGCUAGCUGACGGUGCACUAACGCCCACACAGGGAGGUCGCAUCUACCCAGUGUCCGUCCCCUACUCCAACAGCCAGAGCACAAGUAAGACCAGCGUCACCCUUUCGCUGGUCAUGCCGUCCCAGGGCACCCUCACCAAUGGAACCAACACCGCCUCCACCCUGGAGGAAGGCACUCCCACACCUGGCAGUCAGAGCCCCACGGCCACCCUGCAGUCCACCAACACCCAGACGCAAAGCUCCAGCUCCAGCUCGGGAGAUGGGAGUCUGUUCCGGCAGAGGGGCAGCCAGGCGGCGCAGCCUGAUGAGACGGGCAGGGUGCCCCCCUACGUGGACUUCAGCCAGUUCUACCGCAUGUGGGGCACUGACCACAGUGACGGACAGACCACCCAGGGCGGAGGCCUCGGGCCCCAGUGACAGUGCGGUGGAGGAACAGGGGUUGGAUUGGU